AUUUUUGCCAAAUUUGGGUGUUAAUCACGAAGAUCACAAAUCAGCUCUUACCAACUUUGCCAAACCGCAAGUCGGUCAAUACGAAGGCGAAUGAAAAGCAGUUGGCUAAUAAACGUGCUGUGUGUUAGUUGAAUCGUGCCAAGCGCCUAGAACAAACAAGUGCAAAAUAUUUUUGAAUUAGCUGCCUUCAUUGCAAUUAAGUGAACGCCCAUAAUGCCGCCUGUGCAAGUACAAGCAGCUGACAUGUCGCUAGCUGCUAUGCAUUGUGCCCGCUGUGCGGACGGCUUCGAACCCAACGAGAAGAUCGUCAACUCCAACGGUGAACUCUGGCACACACAAUGUUUCGUCUGUGCGCAAUGCUUUCGCCCCUUCGAGGAUGGCAUCUUCUACGAAUUCGAAGGACGUAAAUAUUGUGAGCGUGAUUUUCAUGUGCUAUUCGCACCGUGUUGCAAUAAGUGUGGCGAAUUCGUGAUCGGUCGUGUUAUCAAGGCGAUGGGCGCUAGCUGGCAUCCGCAGUGUUUCCGUUGUCAAAUGUGUGCCAAAGAGCUGGCCGAUACCGGUUUCAUACGCAAUCAAAAUCGUGCCUUAUGCCAUGAGUGCAAUGCCAAAGUGAAGGCCGAGAUAACGGGUCGUUAUAUGUGUCAUAAGUGCCAUGGCGUCAUUGAUGAUGCACCAUUGCGUUUUCGUGGCGAAGUCUAUCAUGGUUAUCACUUUAAUUGCACAUCAUGUGGCGUGGAGUUGGACUCAACUGCGCGUGAAGUCAAGAGUCGACCCGGCUUAACGGCCAAUGAUAUGAACGAAUUAUAUUGCUUGCGCUGUCACGACAAGAUGGGCAUACCGAUUUGUGGCGCUUGUCGUCGUCCGAUUGAGGAGCGUGUGGUCACCGCUUUGGGCAAACAUUGGCACGUUGAGCACUUCGUUUGCGCCAAAUGCGAGAAACCCUUCUUGGGACAUCGUCACUACGAGAAACGCGGUUUGGCAUACUGCGAAACACAUUAUCACCAAUUGUUCGGCAAUUUGUGCUUUGUUUGCAAUCAAGUUAUAGCUGGCGAUGUGUUCACAGCGCUGAAUAAGGCCUGGUGUGUGCACCAUUUCGCUUGCUCUAUAUGCGAUAUGAAAAUGACGCAGAAAUCGAAAUUCUACGAAUACGAUGAGAAGCCAGUAUGCAAGAAAUGCUAUGAACGUUUCCCCAACGAAUUGCGGCAACGUUUGCGCAAAGCACAUGAAAUGUCGAUGAAAAAGAACUUCUAAAUGUUUGCGUGCACAUCCAUCUAUACCCGUUAGAAUGCAACGUUCUAAUACGCAAUGAUUACAAUAUGCAAAAGUGAGGCCAAAAAAGUCAUAAAGCAUAAAGCAUAAAUGUUAAUUACAAUUUGAAGACUAACUAAACCAUUGGCCACUGGGAAACGCAUUAACUAAGUGCCUAGAAACGAUAUUUUUUUGUAUUUAUAAUACGGUACACUGUUGUAUACAUAUAUUGCCAUUAUAGCCACUGUCUGAAUAUUCAAAACAAACAAGCACAACAUACAUAUAUAAACACACAUAUUUAUGUGUGUGUGUGUGUGCAUAGCAAAAGCAACUAAUAGUCAGUAAUAUUAACAUAUAAUGUACAGUAAUUUUUUUAUGCAGCAGGCAGUAGUUUUGAGCAGCGCUCUUUGAAAGUAUACAAUUUACAAACAGCUUCCAUAACAAUUUAUUUAUUAUAUAAGUGUUUUGUAAAUGCCAA